ACCCUAGUGAUCCAGCUACUGCUGUGCUCUCUGGCGCUCGUCAGCGCCAGCGCCAGCGCCAGCUCCAGCGUCAGCCUUGAGCCCCAGCACAUACCCAUGGCCGCAGGGAACUAUGUGGCCACAUCGAGACUUCGUCGCUUGGCGGUGGAGUUCCUUGACUACUAUGAGAAUAUCACGCUGGCGGACAUGAGUCGGGAUCAGCGUGCCCUUCCUACCGCGCAGGAUCGUGAGUGCCUGGUGGACCUGGCCCUACUAACACAGGAUGUGGGCUCAGCAAAAAUGUGGGCACUCAAAAUGAUCGACUCGUGGGGCUCACUGCCUUCGGGAGUGCUAUACGGAAACCUGAGAGAUCUGGGAAACUACGACGAGUGCCUCAACGUUGAUCACGCUGUCAGCGCCAGUCACAGCGUCCAGGGAAAGUACUGCUUUGCCAGGUUCUCGCUCGCCCCCAGCAUUUCGCCGCUGCUCAGCAUAAAGACAGCGGUCUGCUUUCCCGCGUCCUGCACAGCUGCCAACAUGGACACGCUGCUGCGACAGCUGUUCGAGAAGCUGCUCAACGUCGAGAUCGGUGCGGACCUGCAGUUGGUGGACGAGAGCACGUGCAAGACUGCCCAGAGGGAACCCUACGACGGACUCACCAUAUUCACCAUAGUCCUGUUGUCGGUGCUGUGUGCCCUGAUGCUCCUGGCCACCUUGUACGACUAUUUCUUCGUUAAGGAUCAGAAAACACUUUCCCCGGUGGUGAAGGCCUUCUCGGCGCGUGCGAACUCGCGGGUACUCUUCCGGGUUGUAGACACCAAGUCGAACCCCAAUAUCAUUGACUGUCUUCAUGGCAUGCGCUGCCUGUCGUUCGUCUGGGUGGUCUACGGACAUGACUAUCUGGUGGCUGCCGUGUCGCCCAAUCUGAACUUCAUCCAAGCGUACACGUGGACCAGGUCUGCCUACAGCAUGCUGAUCCAGUACGGGGUUUUCUCGGUGGACACCUUCUUCUUCUUGAGCGGAUUGCUGCUCGUGGUAAUCGCUCUGCGCACCAUGGAGAGAACCAAGGGAAAGCUCAAUGUACCCAUGAUGUAUCUGCAUCGGUAUCUGCGACUUACACCCGUGCUGGCCCUGGCCAUUCUCAUCUACAUGAAGAUCCUGCCCAUUGUGGGUGACGGACCGCUCUACGGCUCAGUUACCUUUGACAAUUACACCACCUGCGAGGAGACCUGGUACUGGUCGCUCUUGUACGUUCAGAACUAUGCCACGGAGAAGAUUUGCUUGGGCCAUUCCUGGUAUUUGGCUGUGGACAUGCAACUGUACAUCAUUGCCCCUCUCCUGCUGAUCGUCCUGUACAAGUGGGGCAGAAAGGGAGCGGCAGCCAUCUUUGUGCUAAUGCUGCUGCUGGCUGCGAGCCUCUUCACCAUUAUGGUCGUGGGCAAGCACUCCAUCUUCUCCCACACCGCGGAUGCCAUGCCAAGGAUCUACUUCUCCACGCACACUCGGGCCUCUCCCUAUCUCAUCGGUAUCCUCUUCGGCUACUUCCUGCACGUGAACCGGGGCAAGUCCUGGAAGCUAAGCCCAGUUGUGGUUUUCCUGGGCUGGCUGGUGAGCCUGGGCCUGCUCUUCACCUGUAUUUUUGCGCUGUAUGGGUACCACAGCAACAGCGAAUCCCUGCCCAUAUUGGACGAGGCCUUCUACCUGACGCUGUCCCGCAUCGCUUGGCCCCUGGGGCUGUGCUGGGUGGUGUUCGCCUGCAUGCACGGCUACGGCGGCCUGGCCAACAGCUUCCUCUCCUCGCCCCUGUGGCAGCCCCUGUCGAGGCUCUCCUACUCCGCGUACAUCUUCCACAUGUUCAUCGAGAGCCUGAACGGCGGCAGGACGCGCACCAGCACCUACUUCAGUGACUACGAUGUGAUGCUUCGCUUCUGGGGCGAUUUUGGUUUCACCGUCCUGCUCGCCUUCUUCGCAUACAUCCUUAUCGAGGCCCCCUUCGGUGGUCUGGAGGCCAUCUUGCUGCCCAUUCGCAGUGCCAGUCCCAAGCCUGCCCCCGUCUCGCAGCAGAAGACCGGCGAGGCACCAGACGUCAAAGCCCCAGCGAAGGACUUUGAGCCUGCUCCACCUCUUGCUAGGAAGCGAUCCCUGCCUGAAGUAAGCGACACCUUCGAAGCACCAGCGAAGGAUCUCGAACCUGCUCCACCUCUUACGAGGAAGCCAUCCCUGCCUGAAGAAGGCGACAAACAGGAUGCACCUACGAACAAUUAGGUUUAAGUUUUAGAUAUCCGUAUUUAUGAUAGCUCUAGAAUUAUUCAUAUCUUUAAGUACAUAUAAACGAAAAUAUACCAAAUAAAAUAUGUACAUAUGCUUUAAAA